GUUCAGGCCUGUCCUGCUGUUUCGACGUGUGAUUUUGACACUGACAGCGCUUAUGUUGGACUACAGUCACACUCCUAGUCAAAAGUGAAUGCGACGAGCUAAUUUUAAGCCACCGACUGACUGUAAGCGGCCGGUGACUUGUGCAUACUGGAAGGGGACUUGGGGGGAAGCUGAUACCGUAUUCAGUUUUCCCCCUGCUCCGAGGAAAUGGAGAUUACUUCGGAGGAAAAAGCCGAGGAACGCAGGAGGGAACACUGGAAGCUGCUGUCUAGUCUGAAGACCACGGUGGAGGGCCUGGUGUCCAGCAGCAACCCCAACGUGUGGUCUCGCUACGGGGGUCUGCAGCGGCUGCACAAGGACAUGAACCACAUCCUCAGCCACGGCCUCAAGCACGAGCAGGUGUACUACAACCAGAAAGACUACUGGCCCUUUGUGUGGCGCGUCCGAUCCGUCUGCCCUCACCUGGCCUCUCAUGUAGAACAGUUUAGUAAGCUGGAGCCUGUGCUGAGCAGUGGGCUGAAGAGUGUUGGGGAAGGUUACAAGGCCGAGCGCUGGCUGCUGCACAGCCUACAGGUCCACCUGCUGUCUGCCCAGCUCCGACCCCUGCUCAAACACCAGGGACACACGAGCAAGUACUACAACGUGGAGGCCUUUCUGCUGAGUGAGCCCCAUGUGACGGCCAUGUUCCAGUGUCUGGAGGCCGUGGAGCAAAAACCCCGUCUGCUGGCCCUUGUCAACACAGUUAAGCUGUCUACUCUAAUGUGCUCUCCGUACAUGGAGGGCCUGUUGAAGAGUCAGAGUCUGGGUGUUCUGCCGGGGCGGCUGGAGGUCCGGGAAGGUCAGGGUCCCCCCAGAGGGGUCAACCACAGGCUCACCACCUCCCAGUGCUCCCUCCCCCACCUAGAUGGAGGACUCACACCCAACAGUAAUAACACAGGGGCCAUCUCAGAGAGCAACUCAGACUUCACUCCAGCCACUAGGGCCUCGGGAGCCCCCUGGGGGUGUGUGGGGGGGUCCGAGGGAAAUGGCGAAAGGGGCAUGAGCCCCCCUCCCGGUCCCUCAGUGGUGGUCCCCUCCAUCGCCCUGACAGAGCCCGCCUCCCCAUGCCCUGCCCACUCCGACGCACUAGACUCUGGCGAGGGCGACUACGGCGGCGGCCCCGAGUAUCUGGCUAUCGGUAACCUGGGGCAUCGUAGCAAUCGCCGCGACUCCCAAAGCUCCGCCCCCGGUGGCGAACCUUGCGGCGGCGAAUCGGAUGGUGAGAUUCAGGUCCAGUCCCCUGGAAGGAGCUCCUUGGCUUCGGUCCCACCUCCCACACCUCGAAGGUCAUCCUUUUCGGAGGGUCAAAGGGAGCCGGGUCGGGGGGGCAGCAGAGGGCACGUCCGCUCAAUGUCCGACACAGGGAUCAACAGCAAACAUAGACAUGAAUCAUUGGUUGCGGAGGACUGUCGUUUGGAGGACUACAGCCCUUUCUCCCUUGGCAGCAGUGGUGGCAGUACACCCAGUUCCCUCUAUAUGGAGUCGAACGGCUCCCAGUACAGCAGUGUUCCAGACUGCAUGUUCCGGAAGCCGUUGGAGGGACAGAGCCUCAUCAGCUACCUGUCAGAGCAGGACUUCGGCAGCUGUGCUGACCUGGAGAAGGAGAACGCCCACUUCAGCAUCUCGGAGUCUCUGAUCGCCGCCAUCGAGCUGAUGAAGUGCAACCUGCGACGGCAGGUGGAGGAGGAGGAGGGUGACGACAGUGACUCAGAGAUCCGGCAGCUCAAACAGAAGAUCCGGCUGCGUAGACGCCAGAUCCAGCGGACCCGCCUGCCUCCCUCACAGCGCUUGUUCCAUUCAACAGACAGUGGAUGCUCCCGCAGGAGCUCCCAGGAUUCCUUUCACCUGUCCAACUCUGGCUCGGCCGAGGAGGUGGAGGAGUGCGAGCUGAAAGAUGGCUGUGCGGGCCAGUCCCUGAUGGCGGUGUCUAAGAGUGUCUCCCUGUCGCACGCCUCCCUCUUCUCAGAUGCAGACAUGAAGCGUGGUGUGACAUCCAGUGGCCGCUCUUUCCUCAGAUCAGAGUCUAUUUCUCCGUCAUUCCUCCAGUCUAACUCUGCUGAGUCGGUGGCCAUGGGCCUGCUCAGGCAGUUUGAGGGCAUGCAGCUCCCUGCAGCCUCGGAGCUCGACUGGCUGGUCCCAGAACAAGACGCACCACAAAAGCUCCUGCCCAUCCCUGACUCCCUGCCCAUCUCUCCUGAUGACGGGGAGCAUGCUGAUAUCUACAAGCUGAGGAUCCGAGUGAGAGGGAACCUGGAGUGGGCCCCGCCGCGACCCCAGAUCAUCUUCAACAUUCACCCUGCGCCCAAGAGGAAGAUCGUCGUAGCCAAGCAGAACUACCGCUGUGCAGGCUGCGGGACUCGCAUAGACCCAGACUACAUCAAGCGAAUGCGCUAUUGUGAGUACCUGGGCCGCUACUUCUGCCAGUGUUGCCAUGAGAACGCCCAGGCGGUGGUGCCGGGCCGUGUGCUGAGGAAAUGGGACUUCAGCAAGUACUAUGUCAGCAACUUUGCCCGGGACCUGCUGGGCAAGAUAUCAGGAGACCCCCUGUUCAACCCCAACGACAUCAACAGUGGCCUCUACAAGAAAACCAAAGCCCUGGAGACUGUCCGGGUUUUGAGGGUCCAACUAUUCCACAUGAAAAACCUCUUCAAGACCUGCCGCCUAGCUAGAGACGUGCUGGACCAGUUCGACAGCCUCCCUGGUCACCUGAGUGAGGACCUGCACCUGUUCUCCCUCAGCGACCUCAACGCUGUGCGCAACGGAGAGCUGGCCCCCCGGCUACGAGAGCUUCUGAAAUUGGGUUCCGCGCACGUGGCUGGCUGUGUGCUGUGUCAGGCCAAGGGCUUUGUGUGUGAGUUUUGCGGCAACGACAAAGACAUCAUCUUCCCCUUCCAGUUGAACAAGUGCACGUGCUGCGAAGAGUGCAAGGCGUGUUUCCACAGCAAAUGUUUUCAGGCAGGCAAGGAGUGCCCGCGGUGCCAGCGCUUGGCAGAUCGGCGGGAGAGGAUGGCACGCAAGAACAUGGAGGAGCAGGAGGAUGAGGAGGAGGACGAGGGAGGCGGGAGCUAGGAAGACUAACUGAGGAAACGAGGGUGGCGGGGAGCUAGGACAACGAACUGAGGGUGGCGGAGAGCUAGGACAACGAACUGAGGGUGGCGGAGAGCUAGGACGACAAACUGAGGAAAUGAGGGUGGCGGGGAGCGAGGACGACAAACUGAGGAAACGAGGGAUCUGGAAAAGAAAGAUGGAAAAACCAAGAGCACAACAUGAGAAUGAUUGUAGGGACCUUAUUCCUUCAACUCCUCCCUCCAUUCAUUCCUCUUUCCCCUGAAAGUCCAGCUUCUGGAUAGUGCAUGAGCUCUGAUGAUUUGGAUUCUUGCUUUUGUUUUUUGAAUGUCUUGCCAAUAUGCUAAAUAACAUAUUAUAUUAACAUAUUGGCUGCUUUUAUGGUUUUCUGCUCUGAUUGCAGAUAUCCCCAUCGUAUGAUGUAAUCCUGCCAUUUAUGUAAACAAGUUGAUCAAUUUAAAUAGAUCAAGGAAGGUAGAAGUACUGAAAUCAACCACAACAGAUAAAAAAUAAAAAUAAAUCCCCUUUUCAUACAAGUGCGAUUUACUCCAACCCAUUUCAGGCUAUUUUAGCCCAAGUGCCUCUGCGACCAAUGGUCUUAUACUAAUAUAAAUAAUAUAUCCCAUU